AUAAACUUAUUAAAUAGAUCUUGGGAUGGGCUCCAAAGAAUCAAAACCCAACAAGAACGACAAGCGCGAAGCAGAUCCUAAUUUCACAGGACCCAUAGCGGACAGGGGCUGCACUGAUGUAAUUUGCUGUUUCGUAUUUUCAUUCAGUAUUUUGCUGUAUAUAGUGGUCGGAAUAAUAGGAUUUUACUAUGGUGACCCUGCGCGUCUGCUGAACCCAAGUGACUCAGAAGGAAAUAUAUGUGGUGAUGCAAAUGAAAACUCACCCACUGGGAGAGAUAUGAGUGACAAGCCCUAUGUGCACAUGUUCGAUAUUUCAAAAUGCUCGGCCAUUACGAAAGUAGUUGCCUCAAUGGAAAUAGCUUGCCCUACAACUUCAGUGUGCGUAAAAGAGUGUCCAUCCUCUAACUGGGCGGGAAUAUUGGACGUUGCCAAAUACGAUGCAAGCCAAAGCAUAGAUUACAGCAAAUACAUAUGCGAGUACGACGUGUCUCCUGGAACUGGAGAUGGCGAGAUUAGUAACCCGAGAGAUCUAAUAUUUCCGGCUGAUGAAGGAGGAGAUGGUGUCUGUGGCGCAUACUACUUUAAAGAAGAGCCAUUGUUGAAGAGAUGCAUCCCGAGUGUUCUAAUUGAUAUCGUGGUUGUCACUCAAGAAGCAUACACGAUAAUGGCGGAUAAUGGGUCCACUGUGGACUUAGGCCCACUCUCAAAUACAGGAGCCGUAGAGGCAGUCACUGGAGCCACCAUGAAGCUGAUCGGAGAUGCUAUGGAGUCGUAUUACGAGGCUCACGGGGUGGUGAUGCAGGUGUUGGAUGACUUCGUGGACUCGUAUGUGAUGCUGAUUGUGUUCAUGUGCGUCUCGUGCUGUGUGGUGUUUCUGGUCAUCGUGAUCAUGCGCUUCAUUGCAGCUGUCGUCAUAUGGACACUGUUGAUUGUAGUCCACGUGGCACUUGCAGCUGCUACAUACUACUGUUACGUGAAGUACGUGGAACUGAAGUCGGACGAGACAGCGGCCGAGGAUCCGAACAACUACAGCAUCAAGGCCAAUGUGGCCUACUACUCUGGACUGUACGAGACGUGGUUCUACACUGGCAUAGUGUGUGCAGUACUCUUGGGAGUGAUGUUGCUGCUGACAUGUUUCCUCUGCAACAGAAUCAGACUGGCUAUUCAGGUCAUUGCCGAGGCUAGCAGUGCCGUGCGCAGUAUGAUCUUCUCGCUCGUCUUCCCUUUCAUCCCCUGGCUGAUGCAAUCUGUCCUGCUGCUCUACUUUCUUCUUCUCACUGUAUUCGUGGCCAGCUAUGAGGGAGAUCCAGACUACAGGAAUGCGACCAACACCUCCUCCAAUGACAGCAGUGGAGAGGGAGGGGGAACAUGCGAACCUGAAGUGCUCUACAAGAACGUAACAGACAGCGUGUCUGGUAAUACACAGCAGAUAGCUUAUACUGGCAACUGCUACUUCCAGCAGUUCAUAGGUCAGGACAAACUAUGGGCAGUACAUCUUUUCAACCUCUUCAUGACACUCUGGCUCGUGAACUUUGUCAUAGCUCUCGGACAGAGCACACUGGCGGGGGGUUUUGCUGAGUGGUUCUGGACUAGGGGACAGCCCAGAGCAUUUCCGGUGAUCAUGUCCUUUUGGAGAAGUAUAAGGUACCACAUGGGAUCUCUGGCGUUUGGAGCAUUCAUAAUCGCAGUGAUCCAGGUGAUCAGGAUCAUUCUGGAAUAUCUAGACCAUAAGUUCAAAGACAAGAAGAGCACGGUGGCCAAAUUCGCCAUGAAAUGUCUGAAAUGCUGCUUCUGGUGUUUCGAGAAGUUUAUCAAGUUUAUCAACAAGAAUGCCUACAUAGUGAUUGCCAUAUACGGUAGGAACUUCUGUCUUUCUGCGAUGGACGCCUUCUUCUUAAUCUUCCGCAACUCGGCCAGGGUUGCAGUUUUGAAUGGGAUCACAGCCUUCCUUAUUUUCACCUGCAAACUCGCAAUAACUGCAGGAAUGGGUUUCGCUGCCUUCGUUUUCUUCUCUGGACAAGUAGAUGAAGUGAACGAGUGGGUGCCCGACCUGAACUACUACUUCACACCAAUCAUUGUGAUUGUGAUUGGGACUUACAUUGUGGCCACUAUCUUCUUCGACGUCUACGACAUGGCUGUCGACACCAUUUUCCUAUGCGUCUUGGAGGACAUAGAAAGACAUGAUGGCAGUCCAGAGAAGCCAUACUUCAUGAGCACCAAGUUGCAGUCUCUGGUUGGGAAGAACAACCAGUUCAGCGAAGUACGCAAAGACAGCAAAGUAUCAGUCGCCAGCGAACACGAAAAGCCACCUGAAUGCGAAACUCAAGUUAAAGAAACUCAAAUUAAAUAACUAAUGACGUUGUUUUCAUCCUGAAUACUUGACUAGCUUUAGAGUUGUGUUCUCCCAUACGCUUCUAUAUUCUAGGAAUGAAACACCUUUAUGUUUGUGCAAUUUAUUUUAAAAAUAUCUGUAAAAAUGUACAAAGUACCAUUUUAAACUACUUAAUUUGUCUGAUUGACACAUUUCAGGGCGACCGUUACCAUAUCAUAUCUAUUGCCUUGAAUAUCAUGUACAGCCUUAAUUUAAAUCCAUUAGCAAGGCAGCUUUCUUGGAUGCAUUUCCAAUAGCAUAUCAACGUGCAGUUUUUUGCUAUUUUAUUUUUAUAGUUGGGUUAAAUUUAGAGUGAAUUUGAAAUUCAUAUUAUCUGCUUAAUUUUGAAAUAGUAAAAUAGUAUCUGCAAUUUAUCGCUUGGCACGAAAAUGUCACAAACGUCAUUGUAAAAUCAAUGCCCAGGAAAUGAGCGAUUGGCUGAACGCAAAAAGGUAACUAAAUGUGCAUUUUAGCUGAAAGCAA